UGACAGGGAGGUGGCCAGUUCAUUUCUCUUUUACUUUUUUCACAUUUCCUUUAAGCAUGUGUUUUAAUGGUGUUUUGGGAUGGGGAGGUUUUUGUUUUAUGUUUAGCUUAGAAUUCAGAAACACUGAAAUUGAUUGCUACAACAGUCUCCUCACUUCAUGAUCCUCUGUCAACAUCAGUUCACGCAUGAUCUUCGUGAACUUUUAUAUUUGGUUUUAUAUUUGGUUUUUGUCCCCUUCAGUCUUUAUUUGUGAUCUAAUUCCCUUCUCUUCCUGUAGUUAUCCACUCUUGGGUAUUUGGUGUGUGUCCUUCCAAGCCAUUUUCCAUGUAUUUAUUUAGACAUAAGUGUAUCCUUGCAGAGUCUAUAGUGUUAUUUGUAUGUGUAGAUUUUUUUCUCUUUCUUAACAUGGAAGGUGCUCUACAUCUCAUUCUAUUUCUUAUUUUUUUCACUCUGUUAUUUUUGAGAUCUAUCCAUAUUCAUACAUGGUUCAUUCCUCAUGACUGCUGGAUUAUGUUCCAUCAGAUAGUAAUGUCACACAAUAUUUAUUGUUUUCCAGUUCUUGAGUGUUACAAACAGUGCUGCAGGAAAUACCUUCAUAGAUGUCUUUGUUUCUUUGUGUUCCUGUGUCAGUUUAUCUGAAGUAUAUGCUCAGGAGUAGAAUUCCUGGAUCCUGUAAGAUAUGCAUAUAGGGGGGCGCCUGGGUGUCUCAGUUGGUUAGGUGUCUGCCUUCGGCUCGGGUCGUGAUCAUGGGGUCCUGGAAUCGAGCCCCACAUGGGGCUCCCUGUUCAGUGGAGAACCUGCUUCUCCCUCUCCCUCUGCCUCUCUCCCCCAACCCCUGCUCAUGUGCUCACUCGCUCUCUCUCUCAAAUAAAUAAUAAAAUCUAAAAUAAAAAAAGAUAUGUAUAUAUAUUUUUUUGCCACAUAUUGCCAAGUUGCUCUAGAUCAUUUCUGUACUAAUAUAUAGUCCUGUGAACAACACGUAAGGGUUUCUCUUUCUUCAUAGUAUUGCCAGUACUGAUACCACAUAACUUCUUAAUUUUUGCCAGCCCAGUGAACUUCAAGUAGUAUCUUUUUUUAAAGAUUUUAUUUACUUAUUUGUUUGUUUGUUUAAGAGAGGGGUGGGGGAAGGACAGAGGGAGAAUCUGAAGCAGACUCUGCACUAAGCGCAGAGCCCACCAGGGGGCUGGACGGGGGCUAGAUCUCACAACCAUGAGAUUGUGACCUGAGCCAAAACCAAGAGUCAGACGCUUAACCCACUGAACCACCCAGGCACCCCUCAAGUUGUACCUUUUAUUUUACUUUACAUUUCUUUGACUAUAGAUGAGGUGAGCUUCUGCUUUAUACAUAUUAACCAUUUGUUUUCUCAUUCUCUGCAGUGCCUGUUUAUUUUACCUUGCAAGUUUUCUCUUAGGUUACUUGUCUUUCUUGCCGAUCACAGAAGUUUCUUGUCAAAUGUGUGUAUAUGCAUACGUAUAUAGCAAAUAUCAUUUCUGUAUCUGUGUGUGUAUAUCAAAUAUAUUUUCCAGUCACAGUUUAAAAACUAUGUACAAUAUUUUAUUGAACACAGAAGUGUUUCAUUUUCACCAGCUUUUUUAUUGUUGUAACUUCAUACACACAGAAAAGUUGGAAGAACAGUAUGGUGAAUACCCAUAUGACCACCACUUAGAUUCUAUAAUUAAUAUUUUGCUACACUUGCUUUAUCCUAUAUAACUGUCCAUCUGUCCACCUCUAGCCAGCCAUUUAUCCAUCCUUUUGGAUGCAUUUCCAAAUAAGUUGCAGACAUCAGUAUACUUCACCCCAACCAAGAAAUAUUUAAGUUUGGUUUUGUCACACCCUUCAACUUGUAUCCUUGUGGUGUGUGCUUUUGAGCUCUUAUUUAAUAAAUUCUUCUCUACCCUUGUGUCAUAAAGAUACUUUUCUACAUUUUUUAAUAGUUUUAUAAUGUUGCCUUCCAUGUCAGGUCUUUAAUAUAGUGCGUAUUUAUUCUGUAUAUUCUGUAAGAAAGGUGAUUUCAUUUUCUUUACAUAAUAAGCUAGUUUUCCCGACUGCAUUUAUUAAAUGAUCUCUUCUUUCUCCAUUGAUGUAUAUUACCACCUUUCUUAUGUACCAAAUUCCUAUAUAUUCAUGAGUACAUUGCUGGAUUCAUUUUUUUUCCAUUGCCUAUUUGAUCUCUGGCCAGGAUCACAUUGUUUCAAUUAUUAUAGGUUUUUAAUUUGCCUUAAUAUCAGGUAGGGCAAAUCUCCACUCUGUACUUUUCUUGUGUCAGACGUGUACUAACUGUUUCUGAACCAUGUGAUCUUUAUUCUUCCACAUAUAAUUUAGAAUUAGUCCAGUUUCCACAAAAUCUUGUUGGGAUUUUUUGGUCAAUGAAUUGAAUUAAUAGAUUAAUUUGGGGAGAGUUGACAUCUUUAUCAUGUUAAGUGCUCCCAUCCAGAGAUCAUAGUUUACCUCUUCCUUUAUUUAGGUCUCUUCCUUUAUGUCUUAGUAGAGUUAGUUUCUUUUCCAUAGAGGUCUUCUGCGUUUUAAAGUCCUAGGUACUUAAUGUAUAUUGUAGUGAUUAUGGAUGACAUUCUGUUUUCUAUUACACUUUCUCAUUGUUUAUUUGCUGAUGUAGAGGAAGUAAAUUUUUGUGCAGAGAAGAAGUCAGUCUCAACAAGUCAUCAAAGGGUUACAGAGCACUGACCUUUGAAAUUGGAUGGACCUUAGUUUGAACUCUGGCUUUGGGACUUUACAGCUUGGAUAAAUCAUUUUAACCUUUUAGAACAUCCAUUCCCUUACCAUAAAUGGGUAUAAUAAUUCUUAUUUCUCAGGGCUGUUUGAGGAUUGAGGUAAUGCAUAUAGGGGCCCGAUAAUAUAAUAGAUGCUUAAUAUUUGUUAAUUUUCUAACUGCCUUGAGAUUAAAAUUGGUGACUUAAGAAGUCUUCCCAAUUAGAAUAAUGACAGGAUUCAUUCCUCCAAGCUUCUAACAUGUUUCUGGGCCACAGCCCUGCAUUGUCACAUAUUAACUCUGGAAUUACCUGUUUUAUUUACCUUUAUUCUCAAAAGUACAGUAAUAGCUCAUUUUUCCAUAUGUUUGAUUCUCUGGAUUUUUUGAAACACUUCCAGGAACAUGAAAAUAAGAAUGGCUUAUGAAUAGCCCUGAUAGCUAUCACAAAGACUAUGCUCUAAUAUUCUAAUAGGUUCCAUAUGCUUUCCCUGAAGAAAACCCUAUAGCCUCCUGCUCAACCUAUUUAUUCUUAAUUUAGACACAUUUCUGACAAUUUGGUUAUCUGAUUUUACAGUGUACAACAGAUCAGAAGCAGCAAAUUGUAAGGGAGGUGAGACGAGGAGUAGGACCUAUUCUUAGAACCAGCCCCAGUGACAGCAGUGAUAAGUGGCAGCUUAAAAGUUGCCUUUUUUAGGGAAAAAGGUACAAAUAUUACUCUUAAAAAGACCUAAGAACCCAUGUAGUAUAGGGGAAACUGCCCUGUAUAAACCAGUAACUCAUAUAAGUUCAUUAAUAAAGCACAAGGCAAUAAUCAGUGUUCAGAAAAUCAUCAAGAACAGGUUCUAUAAUAUUACAUGUUAUGUACCUGACAAUGUGCUAAGUCAGCCUUUUGUGUACAAUGCUACUAAUCCUCAUAAUAGUGCUAAAAUGUAAAUAUUAUUUAUCUCCAUUUAUAGAUGAGGGAACAAAGGCUCAAAGAGAAGUGACUUGCAAAGGUUACAUAGCUAGUAAUGGGUAGUGUUAAGAGUUUGAACCCAAGUCUCUCCAACUCCCAUUUCCUAUGCUCUUUAAAAGACAAAAUGGUGGAAAAAUACAGUCUUAAAAAUUAACGUAAAAUCUGGUUCAAAUUUAAAAUUCAACUUUAAAUGAAGAUUAACUUAUCCUAAACACUGCAUUGCUCAGCAAUGUCAGGUGAAGACUGGGUAGCAGUGUUGAACUGUGGCCUAAUUGGGUACUAGGAGUCUAAACUCAUUUGCUUCUGCUAACUAUAGGUAUAAGAUACCUCUCAUGGAAGUAAAGUAAUGCAGGGGAAGUUGUGACUAAAAGUUAAUGUUGAUGCAGCUCUUGGACAGUUGGCCUAGAGAAAUGAGAGUCUAUAAGAAAGGUUGGUACAGUUUGAGGAAGGCAUAACCUUUACACAUAUAAUAGACACCACUGAGGAGGAAAGGAUAAUGAACUCUGUCAGGCUUCCAGGAGUGGGGUGCAGCCCUGUUGAAUGUGGAGAGGCAUGUAACAAGGCCCUGUCAUUUGUAGCAAGGUUUCAUUCAAAUCGCAACAGUUUUCCAGAAACAGAACAUGAAAUUGGACAAGGUCAUACCUCUAGAUUCAUGGGUAAAGUUGAAUCUUUUCUGACGAAUAAUUCUGUUAAGAAGCAGUGGAUUUGUUAUCAGCUGUAAUAGGGCAUUUGAGUUAACCAAGUGCCAUCGUGAUAUGUAAAAAGUAAAGAUAAAUAAGAACUAGUUCUUGUUCACUUGACAGAAUAAUUCUAAAGUUUAUUGGGAGAAACAAAUGAAUAAGAAUAGCUUGGGAUUACAAAAAAGAGCAGUCUUGGCUCAAACAAAAAAAAUACCCAAAUGUAUUCUAAAUUUAUACUAAAAUGAUGUGAUACUGGCAUAAAAAUUGACAGGUCAUUGUUUUAGAGCAGAUAAUACUGAGUAAGAUCCUAGACAUAUGAUAACUUAAAACAAGCCAAAGGAAGCUUCACAAAUCAGUGAGGAAUAGAGGAAUUUUUAAAUAAUUGUUGAGAAAGCUAUAUUGGUAUUUGGGGAGAAAACAUCAAGUUCGGGCCUUGCCUCGCAUAAAUUCCAGAUGGAUUUACUAUAGAGAUAAAGGUAAAAGAAAAAAGAUAAAAGAUAGAAUAAAAACUAAGUAGUGAUUUAACUGAUCUUGAGAUAAGAAAGGAAUUUUUAAAUGAAAAGCCUCAAGUCCAGGGCAGUAUCAAAAACAAUAACAGUAUCAGGGAAGGCAAACACCUCUGUUGCCAGUGGCUGCUGUACAUUGUGCUAAAAAUUUAACUGGUAGACUGGGUAAUAAGACAAUCAUAAAGCGCUUUGAUAAGCUGCCUUAUAUUCCUGGGGCUCUGAAAGGUUGUGUACAUCGUAGGGCUACAUACAUACUCAAGAGAAGCUGGAGAGAGUCCCAAUUACAUAGACCUGCACAAGAUAAAAAUAAAAGCCUGACGUCUAACUGCCUAAAAUUUUAAUGCAUGCCCUAACCUACACUUAGAUCCCCUUGGCAAAAAUUGAAGCUUUAUUGGCUCAAGAUGUUUCUGCACAACCUUUGACUAAUCAUUGGCUGACCAGUAAGCUAUGCUGAUCCAAGGCAGCUGCCUAGGAAGCUAGGCUUAAAAAUGAAAAGAAGAGUUAAGAAUAAAAAUAAAAAUCUGGGCAGGGCUAUCAGGCAACACUCUGCAGGAGGGACAGGCUCUACAAAAUUAGUCUAGACAUGUCACUAAACAAACAAAACAACAGCAACAACAGUGCUUCAGGAGGGUUGCUGCAAUAUAUGAUUGAAACUGUCCAGUGCCCACAAAAAAUUAUAAAACUUCCAAAGAAAUAAUAAUAUGUGGUUCAUACACAGAAAAAAAAAGCACUCAAUAGCAACUGUCUCUGAGGGAGUAUGCAUGUAGGUCAUAGUAAAUAAGGAUUUUUAAUACCUACAAUAGAUAUAUUCAGAGAGUUAAAGGAAACCAUAUUUUAAAAAUUGAAGUAUGAUAACAGUGACCCAUCAAACUGAGAAUAGCAAUAGAGAGAUAGAAAUUACAAAAAGAAACCAAAUAGAUAUUCUGGAAUUGAAAAAUACAAUUAUUGAAAUGAAAAAUUAACUUGAAGGAAGAGGCUCAAUAGUAGAUUUGAGCUGAGAGAAGAAAAAGAUCAAGGAACUUGAUGGUAGAUCAAUAGAGAUUAUCCAAUCUGAAGAACAGAAUGUAAAAAAGAAUAAAAAUGAAAAGAGACUAAGAGACCUAUCAGGACAUCAGACAUACCAACAUAUGCACAAUAGGUGACCCAAGAGAGAGGGGGAUGGUUAGAAAAACUAUGUGAAGAACUAAGAAUUGAAAACUUCCCAAAUUUGGUGAAAAACAUAAAUUUACACAUCCAAGAUCAAAAACUCCAAUCCUCCAACUCGAAGAUCCACACUUAUUGUUAUAAAAGACAAAGACCGUCUUGAAAGAAGCAAGAGAAAAACAAUUUAUCACAUACAAGGAAUCAAAAGAAGAUUAAUAAUAAUCAAAAGGUAGAAGCACCUGUUUCCACUGAUGGAUGCAUUGAUAAACAAAAUGUUGUAUAUACAUAAAAUGGAAUACUAUUCAGCCUUAAAAAGGAAGGAAAUUCUGACACAGGCUACAACACGGCUGAACCUUGAAGACAUUAUACUUAAGUGAACUAGCCAGUCACAAAACAAUAUGGUGUGAUUUAAUUUAUAUGAGGUACCUAGAGUAGUCAGAUUCAGAGAUAGAAAGUAAAAUGGUGAUUUCCAGGGUGCUGGGGUUGGGGGAAUAGGGAGUAUUUAGUGGGCAUGAGUUUCAAGUUGGGAAGAAUAAAAAGUUCUGCACAUGGAUGGUGGUGAUGGUGUAAAUGUACUUAAUGUACUUAAUCCCACUGUAAAUGUACAGUGAAAAAUUAUUAAUGUAAAUAUAUAUAUUUUACCACAAAAGGAAAAAAAGUACAUAAGGGAUACCUUUUUCCUCUUCCCCUUCCAAAAGGACAGAGUAAGGACGUGGACAAACCCACUCCCCAGCAAAAUUGCACCUUAUCUGGUGAAAAUCAUUUUUUUUGAUCAUUUAACCCUUAGGUAUAUAUAGCCAAGAAGAUGAGGUUUCCUUCUCCCAGCUCUCAUUCUUGGGUCAUGGUUUCACCCGGGGAGGAAAACAUUGCCAUUUCUCAUCAACUCCUGCCCUGUGUCCAGGUAGGCAUGGUAAAGAGGAUCACCCACCAACCCCCCCACUCAGGGCAGAAGCUCUAAUCUAGGGGCAGCAUGCCAAGAAUACUUGGGGCCCUAAUCAUUCCCACCCCAGCGCAUGUGUAGGAAGGAGUUUCCACACUGGGAGGAUCAAACCAAAAAGACUAGGGGCUGCCAACCACCCCACCCUUUUUCAGUGCACACUUACAGAGCAGGGGUGUCACUUGUCACUCUGGGAAAAGCAGCCUCAGUAUGGUGCAAUGAGCAGUUCUUUUCAGGGAGAAAGUAGGCCAUAAGAACGAGGAGCUCUACACCUGCCUGAAGGGACUGUCUCUAUUUGGAGCAGAGUAUGGAGAAUUCCAUGCCUAAGAGCAUGUCAAGAACAACAGGUAUCUUGAUGAUGGGCAAUUAAGAGGAGGCUGGUAGCUCCAUGAUACAUGCAGAACACCAGGGCAUCCAGAAGUUUUAUAGAGAAAACCAGGGAAAGAAACAGCCAAGAAAAACCCUCCUAGGAUCACAGUCAACUCUGGAGAUCGGGAAGGGUGUAUGCAUGCACUAGAUGGCACCCACUCCAGAGCAACCGGAACAGGACACAGGACAGACUUCAAAGCAUUCCCCAAACCACCCAGAGACCAUCAAUACAGGGCAGAUGCCUCACUGACACAAGGAAUUGAAAUAACCACCUCUGAUCAAGCAUCAACUGAACAAUAAGCUUCUCUGACCCAGAGGCAACUCCUAGGAAGCCAUGUUUAGCACAAAAAUAAAACUCAUCAUUGCCAGACCAGAAGAUUGUGAAUACCCAAAGUUAGCCUUCUUAGCAAUGAUCAGAGAAGGAGCCUCCAAACUAAUAUUCCCUCAUUGAAUAUAGGGCAAAAAUGUGUCAACUUCCUGAAUUAUGAUAGCAGCCUUACUCUACAUUUAUAUUCACUGGUAAAAGGUAAAAAUCUAACUGGGUAAGAAGGUUUAAGCAUAAUCUUUGACCAAUUAGUGGCUUAUGCAGACCUGGGAGGGAACAUCUAGGUUGCCAAGCUAAAAGAAAAACAAGUAGAGACAUCAGAGGCUGCAUCCUACAUAUUUUAGAAAUAGAACUCACAUAAUUAGUGCAGCCAAGUCACUAAAUAAACAAGAGAACAACCAAGUAAACAUCAACCAGCCCUGGGCUGGGGGGUGGGGUCAGUAUCCAGUGUUGUUACAGUAUAUUAUCUAAAAUAUCCAGUUUUCAACAAAAACUUCCAAGACACUCUAAAAAAUAUGCAAGUGUGACCCACUCAAAGUAAAUAAAACAGGCUUUUAAUGAAGCCUAGAUAGUAGACUUAGCAGACAAAGACUUAAAAGCAGUUAUUUUUAAAAUGUUCAGAGCCAAAUGAAACCAUGCAUAAAGAAUUAAAAGAAAACAUGAUGACAGGGUCUCCUCAAAUAGAGAAUAUAAAUAAAGAAUAAGUCUUAAAAAAACCCAAGUGGACUAUGCUGGAGUUGAAAAGUACAGUAAACCAAAAUGAAACGUUGACUAGAGAUCAACAGUAGACUUGAACUGGCAGAAGAAAGAAGCAACAAACUUGAAGACAGAUUAAUACAGACUACGUGGCCUGAAGAGCAAAAAGAUAAAAGAAUAAAGAAAACUGAACAGAGCCUCAGAAAAGUGCGUGACACCAUUAAGUGCACCAACAUUCAUGUAAUGGGAGUACCAGCAGGAAGUGGGGAAUUAAAAAAUUUGAAAAAAAUGGCUGAAAACUUCCCAAAUUUGACAAAAAACACAUUAUUUCAUAAUCUAAGAUGAGAUGAGCUCAGAAAACCACACUAGACAUAUCAUAGUCAAAAUGGUGAAAGACAAAGACAAAAAGAGGAUCUUGAAUACUAUAAGGAAAAAAUGACUAAUCACAUGCAAGGGAACCACAAAGAUUAGAUUCUCAUCAGAAACAAUGGAGACCAGAAAGCAGUGGGACAACAUAAUUCAACGUGCUUAAAUAUAAAAUUCUCAGCUGCCAACUUUAUAUCCAAUAAUACUAUGUUUCAAACACGAAAGCCAAAUAAAGACAUUCAAAGGUAAACUGAGAGAAUGUGUUGCUAGCAGACUUCCCUUAUGGGAAAUACUAAAGGAAGUUUUACAGGCUGAAAGCAAGUAAUAACAGACAGUAAUUCAAAUUCAUAUGGAAAAACACUACCGGUAAAGGUAAUUAAUGUAGGUAAAUACAAAAACCAGAAUAAUUGCAUAGUUCUUAUUUAAAAUAUAAUUGCAUCAAACAAUAUGUAUAUAAUUGUAUUGUUGAGCCUAUAUCAUAUAGAAAUAUAUUUGACAAAUCAGCAAAAAGAAAGUGUAUGGGAACAAAGAUGUAUUAGAGUAAGAAAAUGACACCAGAUGGUAAAUCCACAGGUAGAGAACCAGAAAUAAUUAGGUUAAUACAACAAAAACUAUAAAUAUGUACUUGUUCUCCUCUCUAAUCUUUUAAAAGAAGUAAGAUUAUAUAAGGUAAUGAUUGUGACAAUGUAUUCUUGGGUUUGUGCAGAUGUAACAUGUAUAGCAAUAAUACCACAAAAAUGAGGGGAGGGAAUAGAGCUACAUAAGAAUAAAGUUUUGAUAUUACACUGGAAUGAAGUUAGUAUAUAUCUGAAGCAGAUACUGUUAAGAUGUAUAUUAUAAGCCCUAGAGAAAAUAACUCAAAAAUGUAAUUUAAGGGGCAUCUGGGUGGCUCAGUCGGUUAAGCAUCUGCCUUUGGCUUAGGUCAUGAUCCCAGGAUCCUGGGAGCGAGCCCCACAUGGGGCUCCCUGCUCAGGAAGGGAGUCUGCUUCUCCCUCUUCCUCUGCCCCUCCCCCUGUUCAGGCUCACUCUUUCACACACUCUCUCUCUCUCAAAUAAAUAAAUAAAAUCUUUAAAAAUAUGUAAUUUAAAAAUUAUUAAAGGAAUUAAAAUGUUAUACUAGAAAAUAUCCACUUAAAAGAAAGAAGACAAUAAGGAAAGAAUAGUGGAUCAAAUAACACAUGAGAUACAUAGAAAGGAAAAUGGCAGGUGCAAAUCAAUAAUAACAUUAAACUUGAGUGAAUUAAAAAUCGAAUCAAAAGGCAGAGAUUGUCAGAUUAGGUAAGAAAACAAAAUCCAGCAAUAUGCUAUCCGCAGGAAACAAAGGUUAGAAUCAAAGAUACAAAUAGAUGGAAAGUAAAAAGAUGGGAAAAUACAUACAUACAAACAACAACCAUAAGAUUGCUGGAGUGACUGUAAUAAUACCAGACAAAAUAAAUAUUAAGACAAUAAAAUGUUAUUCGACUAUAAAAAGGAAUUAACUACUAAUUCAUGCUACAGCAUGGAUGAACCACCCAAAAACAUUAGGCUAAGUGAAAGGCACCAGUCACAAAAGGACAUAUAUCAUGCAGUUCUAUUUAUAUGAAAUGUUCAGAAUAGGCAAAUACAAAGAUUUGUGUUUGCCAGGGUCUUAAGAGAGGGGCAAAUAUAGAGUGAAUGGAUACAAGGUUUCUUUUGGGAGUGAGUUAAAUGUCCUAGAAUUAGAUAGUGGUGAUGGUUAUACAACCCUGAGAAUAUACUAAAAAAAACUGAAUUGUACCCAUUUAAUACACGAAAUGUAUAGUAUGUUAAUUUUAUCUCAACCUAUAAAAUAGAAAGGAAAGUAAAAUAAAUAGAUUGCCAGAUAACCAAAGAUUAAGAGAAUUUAUUGCUACCACUUGCAUUAUAGGAAGUAUUAAAUGAUGUCCUUCAAUGUGAGACCUGAAACCAUAAAAAUCCUAGAAGAGAGCACAGGCAUCAGACAUAACAACUUUUUUCUAGAUAUGUCUCCUGAGGCAAGAGAAACAAAAGCAAAAAUAAACUAUUGGGACUACAUCAAAAUAAAAAGCUGCUGUAGAGCAAAGGAAGCUAUCAACAAAACUAAAAGGAAGUCUGCCAAAUGGGAGAUGAUAUUUACAAAUGACAUAACUGAUUAAGGGUUAGUAUCCCAAGUAUAUAAAGAACUUAUACAACUCAACACCCAAAAAACAAAUAAUCUAGUUAAGAAUGGGCAGAAGAAAUGUAUAGACAUUCUCCAAAGAAGACAUCCAGAUGGCCAACAGAUACAUGAAAAGAUGCUCAACAUCACUCAUCAUCAGGGAAAUGCAAACCAAAACUACAAUAAACUACAAUGAGAUAUCACCUCACACCUGUCAGAAUGGCUAAAAUCAAAAAUGCAAGAAACAACAGGUGUUGGUGAGGAUGUGGAGAAAAAGGAAUACUUAUGCACUGUUGGUGGGAAUGCAAACUGUUGUGGCCACUAUGGAAGACCGUAUGGACGGUCUUCAAAAAAUUAAAAAUAGAACUACCAUAUGAUCCAAUAAUCAUACUACUAGGUAUUUACCUGAAGAAUACAAAACACUAAUUCAAAGUGAUAUAUGCACCACAAUGAUUAUUGCAGCAUUAUUUAUGAUAGCCAGAUUAUGGAAGUAGCCCAAGUGUCCAUCAAUAGAUGAAUGGAUAAAGGCGUGGUAUUUAUAUACAAUAGAAUAUUAUUUAAUCAGAAAAAAUAAAGAAAUAUUGCCAUUUGCAACGUCCUGGAUGGAGCUAGAGAGUAUAAUGCUAAAUAAGUCAGUCAGAGAAAGACCAAUACCAUAUGAUUUCACUCAUAUAUGGAAUUUAAGAAACAAAACAAAAAGAAAUAAACCCCAAACAGGCUCUUAACUAUAGGGAACAGAUGGUUACCAGAAGGGGGAGGUUGGUGAGGGGAUGGGUGAAAGAGGAUUAAUAGUACACUUAUCUUGAUGAGCAGUAAGUAGUAAAUAGAAUUGUUAAAUCACUAUAUUGUACACCUGAAACUAAUUUAACACUAUAUUAGCUAUGCUGGAAUUAGAAUUAAAAAAACAGUACAUAAACAUGUAAAACAGAAAAAAAAUGUCCUUUGGACUGAAAGGCAAUGACACCAAAUGGAUAAGUAAUGACCACCUGUAAAGGUAAUUUCAUAGGCAAAUAUAAAAAGUUGUAUAAAUAUACUUUUUCUCACUAUUCACUUAACUGAUCUUUUAAAGAUUUUAUGUUCUUAGACUUGUAACCAAAAGCACAAUUCAUAAAAGGAAAAAUUAAUAAAUUGGACCUCCUUAGAACUAAAAACUUUUGCCAGUUGAGCUCUUUUCUUCCCUCCUUCACCGUCCCAUCCCCCGCUCAGCCCAGGUUCCCCACUCCUCCCCAGAAGACCCUCCUGCCGGGACUUGGUGCCUGGCACCAGGCGCCCUUGUGGCUGCAGGGCAUAGAGUUGGCUGGUACCUGGGGGAGGGGAGUGGGGUAACAGGGCCAGGCCUGGGAAGCCACGUGGCGCUUACAAAGGGAGCGGCUGCAGCCCAGGUGGUCAAGCGUGCAGCAAGCAGGGUAAAGCCAAUUGUGCAGAGCUCUGCAGCGAGCAGCCCAGAGAGAAGCAGUGAAGUCCUGGAGCCCAGCCGAAAAUGAACUGGUCUCCUUGAGUGGGCCCAAGCCCUGGCGCCAAGCCUCUGUCCCAGCACUGAGGUCUUCCUCAUCCACGAAUGCUUUGAUCCCAGGCUGGAUGUGUGCCCCUACUCCUGGGCUAAGGAGAACCUUCUUUGCAGGAAGAAGACGUUUGCUUAUUUGGCACAUGAGCUGAGCUACAGGCACUGACCUUGGCCCUGGAAACAUCAAGAUGAAUUUUGAUCAUCCUGAGAUAAAUGAACAUUGGCCUCCAGGCCCAAUAAAGUAAACAUUCCUCCCAUGGAGAAUAGUGCUGGUUCCUGAGGACUUGAAGGGCCUGCAGCCCCAGGGGGCUUAGCCAAAAACCAGUUUUGUUUUCCUGCUCUGGAACAGAGUGGCUGCCUUGAAUGCCUCUUUCAUUAUGAUUCACACCAACUUGAAGAGAAAGUUCAGUUGCUGUGUGCUGGCCUUUCUCCUAUUUGCAGUCAUCUGUGUGUAGCAGGAGAAGAAGAAAUGGAGUUACUAUGAUUCCCUUUAAAUUGCAAACCAAAGAAUUCCAGAUGUUGAGAAGUUUGGAGAAAUGGUCUAUGACUUCAAGCAGCACCCAGAAUCCCCACAGGGGCAGCCAGGCCAACAGGCCCCGGGGCCCAGCAAAGACCAAGCCACAGGCCUCCUUCCAAGUGUGGAACAAGAACAGCUCUUCCAAAAACUUUAUCACCAGGCUGCAGAAAAUCUGGAGGAAUUAUCUGAACAUGAAGAAAUAUAAAGUGUCUUACAAGGGGCUAGGGCCGGGGGUCAAGUUCAGUGCAGAGGCCCUGCACUGCCACCUCUGGGACCCUGUGAACAUAUCCAUAGUAGAGGCUGUAGAUUUUCCCUUCAACAUUUCCAAAUGGGAGGGUUUCCUGCCCAAGGAGAACAUUAGGACCAAGGCUGGGCCAUGGGGCAGGUGUGCUAUUAUCUCAUCAGCAGAAUCUCUGAAGUCCUCCCAGAUGGGCCAGGAAAUAGAUGAUCAUGACGCAGUCCCGAGGUUUAAUGGGGCACCCACAACCAAUUUCCAGCAAAAUGUGGGCACAAAAACUACCCUUCGCCUGAUGGACUCUCAGUUGGUCACCUCGUCAGGGCACUUCCAAGACAGCUUGUACAGUGAGGGAUUCCUAAUUGUGUGGGACCCAUCUGUUUGCCACUCAGAUAUCCCAAAGUGGAACCGGAGCCCCGACUACAGCUUCUUUGAGAACUAUAAGAGCUAUUGCAAGCUGCAUCCUGAUCAGCCCUUUUAUAUCCUCAAGCCUAAGAUGCCUUGGGAGCUGUGGAACAUCAUUCAAGAAGUCUCCACAGAAGAGAUUCAGCCAAAUCCCCCAUCCUCUGGGAUGCUGUGUGACCAGGUGGACAUUUACCAGUUCCUCCCAUCCAAGUGCAAGACCAAUGUGUGCUACUACUACCAGAAGUUCUUUGGCAGUGCCUGCACGGUGAGUGCCUACUACCCACUCCUCUUUGAGAAGAAUCUGGUGAAGCACCUCAACCAGGGCACAGACAAGGACAUUUACCUGCUUGGCAAAAUUACACUGCCUGGCUUCCAGAGAAUUCGCUGCUGAGCAUGGGCUCCCUGGUCAGGUCCCCUUGCCCUUCUCCACCAAGCCUGGGCAGACCACAUUCCUGAAUAAUCACAGCUUGCACUGUGGGCUUUCUGUCAGCAAGAGUCCCAGGCUCGAGGAGCCCAAAAGCAAGCAGCCAGGUCCAGCCUGCCCUGUAGCUGCAGAGAUAUGCGAGCCCAAAUCCUCCGGCCACACACGUACACACACACCUAGCUUUCUUUCCACAGGUAAAUGCAAGCUCCACCUUUCCCACCAGGGCUGCCAAAGCUGGGCUGUUUUCCCCCACUGGAAUGUUAUUCCCACAAACCAGCACUCUCUAUUGUUUGAAAUCUGCACCUAGACACUGAUUUCAUGUGUUGAAUUCUCCCAAAUUAUGAUUGUGCCCUGGUAUAGGGUGGCUCUGGGGGGCCAGUAAGUGGUACAGGACAUAGGAAACAUGCUCAAUUCUUCCAGAACAAAGUUGCCCCCAAGGACCAUGCCCCUGGGAGAGGUGGUGUUCUGUCUGGCUGGCUGGUUUGGUGGAUCCUUAGCCUGGGUGCUUAUGAGCAAAGGGUCUUGAUGAACCCAUAGCCAUCUCCAUAUGGAGAUGAGAGGCACAGAAGGGUACCAUCCUCCAGUUCCUCAUAGUUCAGUGGAAGAGAGACAGGGAGGAUACAGUGUGUUCAUUACACAGGGUUGGAGGAGGGAGGUGUUGUGGAGAGGCCAGCACACUUGGAGGGGCCAUACACUUGCUGUGUCUGUGGCUGGAGAGGGCUUCACAGAGCUGGGGCUGUGGAGGAAAUUUUAGAGGAAGAGAAGAAACAUGUCAAGCAGAUAUUUGAGUCAUUUGAAUUGUGUUUUCCUUUCUGCUGUUGUUGCCCGUAUUUACUCUCUAAGGUCUGCCUGAACUUAAAGGCUCAAAUUAUUUUUUGAGGAAACCCUUAGCCCUGUCUGAGGUAGCAAGUACAGCCCCAUGGCACACACUAGGCAAGCCAGAUGCCAAAAACCGGAUUUGUCCAGGCUCACCCUGGCCAGACCCUACCCUAUAGCUGGGUUUGCCCACCGUGUCCACUGCUUCCCUGUUGAUGCCCACCCUACCCCCUCCUGACUGCCAAUCUUGCUUUUCCCUUUGAAAGUAGUAGUUUUCCCCUCUCUCAAAUUGCUUUUAAGCAUUUUCUACUUUGAGUAUCCUGACCUGACAAUUUCUUUUGACCUUCAUGGGCGUUUUGUAGAACAUCUCUCAGGGAGUGGGGCUGUGGUUCCCUAGAAUUUAGUCGUUCUCAGAAGUCAGAGCCUUAGAGAUCAUGACUGAUUCUCACAAUGUUUAUCAGACUGCCGUGCCCUCCACCCCUCCAGCAAGGGAGCAACGUCAGAGUCUCCAGACAGGUCUUGCCACCACGGUCUGCAAACAUGCUUCCAGGUAGUUUUGCUACCCCCUCCCCUAGUGGAGAAGCACAUUGGAGUAGUCCGGCCCCCAGUGUGGAGAAAGUAAAGGACUCACAUAGGGUCAGAAAGUAAUGCUGUAGAGCCAGGGCUCCUAGACCCAGGAUUCUGGACUCCAUGUGUUCAAGGGCCUCUUAAGUGUGAGCUCCAGACCAGCCAUCUGGGAGCUGCAGUGCUCACUUGCUGCCCUAAACCCUUGGCUUAUAUAAGCAGUAGAAGGAGCCCUGAAGGGAGAAGCCCUGGGUUUUCAAAUUGAUGAUCCCCUACUUACUAGCUAUUCCACCAUGGGCGAAUUCUCCUGAGACUGUUUCCUCAUCUGUAAAAUGGGGGUGAUGAGCCUACAUCAGGACUGUUGUGAGGGUCACAUGAAAUAUCUGUCCUGGUUCUGUACUUGGCACAUAGCAGGUGCUCAGUACAUUGUGGUUUUCUUCCUUCCUUCCUUCAUUAAGGACCUGCUCUGUGCUCACACCUGAGGAGGACCUUGCUUUGAGGGAGGCCAGAGAGGGGGUCCUGUCCUCAGAGAAUUAACUAUCCUAUCGGGAGACAAUAACUACCCUGCCUGGAACACCCAGGAAACCAUCCAAGGCAGUGGAGGAUGCAGAACACGCCCUUCCUCCUCCUCCCUCCUUGCAACUCAGGCCUGAUUCUGCUUGGGAAUGGGUGGAGCACUUGGGCCACUUACUGCUGUGUGGAGUGAGUCUUUUCCACCUCUUUGGGCCCAUGAAUUCCCGGCUUAUUUUUUUUUAAAUAAUCUCUACACCCAAUGUAGGGCUUGAACACACAACCCCAAGAUCAAGAGUCAUAUGCUCUACUGACUGAGCUAGCCAGGCAACCAUCUGGGUUGGUUCAUGUUCUGAUGGAGGCACUCAUUGCAAUCUUUGAAUCAUAAACACUGAGUGAGUGGAAGGUGGCAUUCCAUCAACAGGAGAUAGAUGUUGGUGUAGACACUGAGACUACACUGGGUAGAUGCUAACUCUUAAUUGUUAUUAUUAAUAUAAGGGAUCAGAUUAAUUUAAGUGUGAUUCUUGGUCUACAGAAUUUUUAAUUCUGUGUUUUUUCUACAUGGAAACAAGUAAAAUGCAAAUGAGAUAGGGGUAUUGUUGGUUUGGUGACAUAUUUAAUAUUUGUGACAGAUAACUUAAAAAUGAUAACUAAGUGCUACAGGAAAGUCCCUAUCCAUAAGGGGUUCUGCCUUCAUCAGUAGCCAUCUAUUCAUCCUGUGUCAUGAGGUCCCACAAUCCUUCCACCAAUCACAUAAGCUAUUCACAUUGGUUUGGAGACCUCAAUCUCAGAAGCUUCUGAAACAUGCCUAAUCUAAUUCUGAAUUACCCAAAGAUUAUGUAAAAUUUUAAAAUAAAUGUGUUUUUUUUUUAAAAAAAAAACUUUGACCAACUGGAAGAAAGCCCAUGUGAAUAGGAUGAAAAGACAAACUACAGGCUGGAAGAGAAUGUUUGCAAACCACAUAUUCAGUAAAGGACUAGUAUCUACAGUAUAUAAAGAGUUCUCAAAACUCAACAGUAAAAAAAAACCACACACACAAAAACAAACAAUCCAAUUAAAAAAUAGGCAAAAUACAUGAAUAAACAUUUCCCUAAAGAGGAUAUACAAUAGCAAAUAAAUACAUGAAAAGAUGUUCAAUAUUAUUAGCCAUUAGGGAAAUGCAAAUUAAAACCACAAUGAGAUGUUACACAGCUAUCAGAAUGGCUAAUAUAAGAAAUAGUGAUGGGGUGCCUGGGUGGCUCAGUCAGUUAAGCAUCUGACUCUUGAUUUCAGCUCAGGUCAUGAUCUCAGGGUCGUGAGAUCAAGCCCCGAGAUGGGCUCUGUGCUGAGGGUGGAGCCUGCUUAAGAUUCCCUCUCCCUCUCCCUCUGCCCCUCCCCUCCCCUGCAUGCAUACACAUGCUCUCUCUCUCAAAAAAUAAAAAGAAAUAGUGAUAAUACCACAUGCUGGGGGGAUGUGGAGAAACUGGAUCAUUCAUACAGUAGUGUUGGAAAUGUAAAAUGGUACAGCCACUUUGGAAAAUAAUUUGUCAGUUUCUUAAAAAAUAACUAUACAACCCAGAAAUUACACUCUUGGGCAUUUACCCCAGAGAAAUGAAAUUUUAUAUCCCUGCAGAAACCUGAACACUAAUGUUUAUAGCAUCUUUAUUCUUAAUACUCCAAAAUUAGAAACAACCCUGAUUUCUUUUUUUAAUUUUUUAAAUAGAUGAAUUGUUCAUCUAUUGUAUACACAUACCAUGGAAUUCUACUGACCAGUAAAAAGCAACAAACUCUUGAUAACACACAAUAACUUGGAUGAAUCUUAAGGACAUUAUGCUAAAUUUAAAAAGUCAAUCCCAAAAGAUUACAUACUGUGUGAUUCCAUUUAUAUGACAUUGUUAAAAUGACAAAAUUAUGGAAAUGGAGAACAGAUUAGUGAUUUCCAGAGGUUAGGAACAUAGAGUGGAGGAAGAAGGUGGGUAUGGUUAUAAAAGGCAAUAUGAGGGAUCCUUGUGGUGAUGGAACUGUUAUUUCUUGAUUGGGUCAGUGUUAGUAUCCUGGCUGUGAUGUUGUAUUACAUUUUGCAAGAUGGUACCUUUGGGAGAACUAGGUAAAGUGUUCAAGGUAUCCUUCUGUUUUAUUCCUUAAAAUUGCAUGUGAAUCUACAACAAUAUCAAACUUAAAAGUUGAAUUAAAAACUAUGCUAAGGAGGGGCGCCUGGGUGGCUCAAUCGGUUACGUGUCUGCCUUCGGCUCAGGUCAUGAUCUCAAGGUCCUAGGAUCAAGCUGGGCAUCAGGUUCCCUGCUCAGCAAGGAGUGUGCUUCUCCCUCUCCCUCUGCCUGUCUCCCCAGCUUGUGCUUUCUCUCUCUCUCUUUGGGGGGAAAAAAAAAAAAAAAACUAUGCUAGGGAAAGAAGCCAGUCACAAAAGACCACAAAAUUCCAUUUGUAUGUAAUGUUCAGCAAGGCAAAUCCAUGGAGAUAGAAAGUAGAUUAGUAGUUGCCUUUGGGGUGGAAAUGAGGAGUGACUGCACAUGAGCAUGGGGUAUAUUUCGGGAGCAAUGAAAAUACUCUAAAACUCAAUUGUCAUGAUAUUGCACAACUCUGUAAAUUUACUAAACAUCAUUAAAUUCUACACUUACAGUGGAUGGAUUUUAUGGUAUGUAAAUUAUACCUCAACCGAACUUUUUAAAGGUAAGUUUCUGUAUAUGUAAAAUUUUUGCAAAAUAAAAAUUUAUUUUAAAAAAUGAUUAGUGUUAAAGAAAAAAGAUUAAGACUUGAGGCACUCCCCGACCAAAAAAGGGAAGAUAUAAAAAGGAGAUCAAUAAUUGUAAGAGCUUGUGUAUCCCAAAAUACAUAAAAUUGAAAGACAAAUGACAAACUUGGGAAAUAUUUGCAAGUCAGGACAGUUAGUUUGUCAGUAGUCUCAAACUAAUAUGGCUUUCUGUUUACAAGUAUACCUCGGAGAUGUUGUGUGUUCAGUUCCAGACCACUGUGAUAAAGUGACUAUCACAGUGAAGCAAGUCAAAUGAAGUUUUUUGUUUCCUAGUGCAUAUAAAAGUUGUUUACACUGUAUUGUAGCCUGUUAAGUAUACAGUAACAUUAUGUCUAAAAAAACAAUAUAUAUACCUUAAUUAAAAAAUACUUUAGUGCUACAAAAUGCAUACCAUCAUCUGAGCUUUCAGCAAAUCGGUCUUUUUGCUGGUGAAGGGUCUUGCCUCAGUGUUGAUGGCUGCUGACUGAUAGGGGUGGUGGUUGCUGAAGGCUGAGAUGGCUGUAGCAAUUUCUUAAAAUAAGACAGCAGUGAAGUUUGCCAUUGACUUACUUUCACAAAGAGCAGGUGAUUCCCUUGCUACAUCCAGCUUCUACAUCAGCGCUUGCUGCUUCACCUUACACCUUUGUGUUAUGGAGACUACUUUCCUUAAACCUCAUGAACCAGCCUCUGCUAGCUUCAGACUUUUCUUCUGAAGUUUCCUCACCUCUCUGGGCCUUCACACAAUUGAAGAGAGUUAGGGCCUUGCUCUGGAUUAGGCUUUGGCUUAAGGGAAUGUUGUGGUUGGUUUGAUCCUCUAUCCAGACCAUAAAACUUCCUCCACAUCAGUAAUAAGGCUGCUUCUCUUUCUUACCAUUCAUAUGUUCACUGGAAUAGUGAAUAAUUCCUUUAAGAACCUUUUCUUUGCAUUUACAACUUGGUUAACUGGCAGAAGAGGCCUAGUUUUCAGCCUGUCUUGGCUUUUGACAUGUCUUUCUCACUAAGCUUAAUCAUUUUUAGUUUUUGAUUUAAAGUGAGAGAUAUGUGACUCUCCCUUUCACUUGAACAUUUUCAGGCUAUUGUAGGGUUAAAUGGCCUAAUUUCAAUACUGUUGUGUUUCAGGGAAUAAGGAGGCCUGGGGAGAGGGAGAGAGACUAGGGAACAGCCAGUCGAUGGAGCAGUCAGAACACAUACGCACAUUUAUCAAUUAAGUUCAUAGUCAUAUAUGGAUGUGGUUUGUCAUGCCCCCAAAACAAUGACAAUAGCAAUAUCAAAGAUCAUUAAUCACAGAUCACCAUAACAAAUAUAAUAAAGAUGAAAACAUUGGAAAUAUUGUAAGAAAUACCAAAAUGUGAUACAGAGACACUAAGUGAGCAAAUGCUGUUGGGAAAAUGGUGCUGAUAGACUUGCUUGAUGCAGGGUUGUCACAAACCUUCAAUUUGUAAAAAGUGCAAUAUCUGGAAAGCACGAUAAAACAAAAUAUGCCUGUACUAGCACCCCAAAACAAAAAUGGGUAAAUGACAUUCUCUUCAGAUUCAUUUGUUUAUAACAAGCAAAAGCCAUCUCUACCUACCAGGUAGGCCAUUGUCAUGAAAGGUACACACAGGGAAUAGUGCUGGAAAGGCAGAAAUGGAGACUGCCCCUACUCUUUCAUGGGCCUGUGUCACUCUUUCUGUUUCAUCACUCUCGGGAUCUUUUAGCUCAAGUUUUUGAGACUCUGGCAAGCCAUGGAUUGAUUUGACUUAGAUUCGCUGUCUACUCUGUGUCCAAAUAGCCGUCACUAUCAUAAAGAUAAAGCUCUAGAUUAUCUGAGAAGGAGCUAUAAGUAGGACAAGAAAAUUAAUUGAUACGUUUAUGAUAGACAUAGACCAGUCAUAGAAGUAUAUAAGUGUUUGUAAAAAAUAUGCAACCUUCGGGUGCCUGGGUGGUUCAGUCGGUUAAGCGUCUGCCUUCAGCUCAGGUCAUGAUCCCAGGGUCCUGGGAUUAAGCCCCGAGUUGGGCUCCCUGCUCAGUGGAGAGCCUGUUUCUCUCUCUCCCACUGCUGCUCCCCCUGCUUGUGCUCUCUCUCUCUCUCUCAAAUAAAUAAAUAAAAUCUUUUAAAAAUAUGCAACCUCAUCAGUAGCAACAAAAAGAUAUUUAAAUAGCAAGAGACUUUUUUUGCCCUUCAAAUCAUCAAACAUUAAUGAUAACAAUACAUGCUUAUACACUGCUAGAAGAUAGGACAAACUGGUAUGGAAAACAGUUUUGCAAAAUGUACUGAGGACCUUUAAAAUGGACAUAACUUUGGCACAAUAAUUCCAAAUCUAAGAAUCUAUCCUAAGAGAAUGAAUAAUCAGAGAUACAGAUGAGAUAUAUGUAUGUGAUCUUUGUAGUAUUAUUUAUACUAUUAUAUAUAAUAUAUAUUUAUAAUAAAAGAAAAACUGUUAACAGUAUAAGUUUCCACUGUUACGGGAAUGUUUAAGUAAACUGGUAUACUCACAUCAUGAAUAUGCAGUCAUUAAAAAUCAUGUUUUUGAUUAAAAAUGUCCAUACUACCCAAAGCAAUCUACACAUUCAAUGUAAUCCCUAUCAAAAUACCAACAUUUGCCACAAAACUAGAAGAAAUAAUACUAAAAUGUAAUAAUGUAUGGGGAUUAACAUAAGAAUAAAAAAAAAAUAGCAAAAAAAAAAAAAAAGAAAUAAUACUAAAAUUUGUGUGGAACCACAAAGGACCCUGAAUAACCAAAGCAAUCUUGUGAAAAAGCUGGAGGUGUGAUAAUUCCAGAUUUCAGGAUAUACUACAAAGCUGUAGUAAUCAAAACAGUAUGGUACUGGCACAAAAAUAAACACAAAGAUCAGAGGAAUGGAAUAGAGACCCCAGAGAUAAACCCACACUUACAUGGUCAAUUCAUCUGUAACAAAGGAGGCAAGAGUAUACAAUGGGGAAAAGAUAGUCUCUUCAAUAAAUGGUGUUGGGAAAACUGGACCACUUUCUAACACCAUACACAAAAAUAAAUUCAAAAUGGAUUAAAGACCUAAAUGUGAGAUGUGGAACCAUAAAAAUCCUAGAAGAGAGCAUAGGCACUAAUUUCCUUGACAUCAGCCUGGCAACAUUUUUCUAGAUUUGUCUCCUAAGGCAAGAGAAACAAAACCAAAAAUAAACUGUUGGGACUAUACCAAAACAAAAAGAUUUUGCUCAGUGAAAAAAAAAUCAACAAAACAAAAAGACAACCUACUGAAUGGGAGAAGAUAUUUGCAAAUGAUGUAUCUGAUAAGGGGUUAAUAUCCAAAAUAUAUAAAGAACUUCUGCAACUCAACACCAAAAAGCAAUCCGAUUGAAAAAUGGACAGAGGGCCUAAAUAGACAUUUUUCCAAAGACAUCCAGAUGGCUAACAGACACAUGAAAAGAUGCUCAACAUGACUCAUCAUCAGGGAUAUAUAUGAAUCAAAACCAUAGUGAGAUAUCACCUGUCAGAAUAGCCAAAAUCAAAAGUACAGGAAAUAACAGGUGUUGGCGAGGAUGUAAAGAAAAAGGAACCCUGGUGCCCUGUAGAUGGGAACUAAAUUGGUACAGCCACUGUGGAAAACAGUAUGGAGGUUCCUCAAAAAGUUAAAAAUAGAAAUACCAUAUGAUCCAAUAAUUCCACUACUGGGUAUGUACCCGAACAAAACAAAAAUACUAAUUCAAAAAGAUAUAUGCACCCCUGUGUUUAUUACAGCAUUAUUUACAAUAGCCAAGAUAUGGAAGGAACCUAACUGUUCAUCAAUAGAGGAAUGGAUAAGAAUGGGGUGUGUGUGUGUGUGUGUGUGUGUGUGUGUGUGUGUGUGUGUAUGAAAUGGAAUUUUACACAGCCAUACAAAAAGAUGAGAUAGUGUCAUUUGAGACAACAUGAAUGGACCUAGAGGGUAUUAUGCUAAGUGAAACAAGUCAGACUGAAAGAUGAAUACCAUAUGAUUUCACUUGUAUGUGGAAUCUAAAAAAUCAAAUGAAUAAGCAAACAAAAAGCAGAAUCAGACCUAUAAAUACAGAGAACAAUGUGAUGGUUGCCAGAGGAGAGGGGGUGGGGGCUGGGCAAAAUGGGUGAAGGGGAGUGGCAGAUACAGGCUUCCAGUUAUGGAAUGAAUAAGCCAUGGGAAUAAAAGGCACAGCAUAGGGGAUAUAGUCAAUGAUAUUUUAAUAGCUUUGUAUGGUGAUAGAUGGUAGCUACACUUGUGAGCAGAGCAUAAUAUAUAAACUUGGGGCACCUGAGUGGCUCAGUCAGUUAAGCAUCUGCCUUCCGCUCAGGUCACAAUCUCCAGGUCCUGGGAUGGAGCCCCGCAUCAGGCUUCCUGUUCAGGCGGGAGUCUGCUCCUCUCUCCCUCUCUCUCUCUCUCUCUCUCUCCCCCCCCGCCCCUCC